UCAGCUCAUAUAUUUUGUUUCUAAUGAAGGAAGGUUUUGCAUUUUCCAGACACCAACAUUUGAUGAUGGAGCUAAAAUUUAAUUCAACAUCCAACAGCACUGCUAUGGGUUCAGAGAGGAUCGCUCCUGCUGUAGUUCUGGGUUUGUGCUGUUUGGUUGGUUUGCCAUGCAACAUCGCGGUGAUCAUCAGCAUUGCUCGUGAGUGGAACAGAAAUCUGAGCUUCACCUUAAAACUAAUGAUUAACCUUGCAGUGUCUGAUGCUUUGACCCUGUGCUUGGUUUCUUUUGUGCUGUAUGGAAUACUGUUUGGAUGGAAUCUCGGACUUUGGUCUUGUAAGUUCUUGUAUUUUUUAAUGUACUGGAGUCUGUAUGUUGGUGUCCUGACGGUCACAUCCAUGAGCGUGCACCGUUAUCACAAUGUCAUCAAGUCAAGAGUCACUAACAGGAUGAUACUGCAGAGACUGGAAAGACGGCACAGGUGCCUUCAGCUGAUUGCCAUCUGGAUUCUAGCCUUUGCUUUUGCCCUACCAAUAUAUUUUGUUCAAGGACUUGGAUCGGACAAGGAUGGAUUGAAAACAUGUACGAGGACGGUAAUGAAGUCCCAAUCUGUAAAAGUGACUGUUUUGCUUUUUGAGAUCCUGUUGGGGUUCAUCAUCCCAUUUUUGACAAUGUUGACAUGUUAUCUCUGGUUGCACAAAGGGUUGAGUCAAAAAGCCAAGAACUCAGGUGUAACUACAGCUCCACAGGACCAGGAACCCAGAAACCAGGGGACAAAAGUUAGGACUUACAAGAAGAGGCUUGUGAUCCGCAUUGUUGUGGCUUUCUUUGUGUUUUGGACUCCUGUGCACAUUAUCAAUGUGAUUGAUAUAGUCACUAUUCUGACUGAAACAUCUCAUCCAGAUGUUCAUAGUCAACUGAAGUCCUUCCGUCGAGUGUACAGUGAUACAAGUAAGACUCUGGCUUUGCUAAACUGCUGUCUGAAUCCUUUUCUCUAUGCCAUGUCUUCAGGAAAUCUUAUGAAAUGUUUCAGGAAGAGAUAAUUCACAAUUUCUGGUUGAAUGAUUUAUUUUCAGUUAAAUAUAUGCUUGAAAGACUUUUGCACUAUUAUGAAAAAUGAUUCUAAACAGUAAAUUAGGAUUCUUUGGCUUGUAACAAUAGCAGAACCCUUUUUAUAAGGUUACAUAAACAACAAUCCUUUUAAAGUGCUAUAUACUGCAGGACCUUCACAGUGUUAUAUAAUCUUUUCAUAAUAGUUUAUUUUAUUAAUAUUGUUUUUAAUCUCUUUAUCUGCCUUGUCUCAUAAUAUCUUGUGGCCUGUGGUAAAACAAAAAGUAGAAACAGGAAAUAGAAGUGAAGACCAUUAGUGAAGUCUAUUAUUAUGUAUAUAUUUUGGUGUAACUGAGUGUCAGUUUCUCUCUGCAGAUGAUGAAGUUGUGGGAUGUGAUGCAUCUGAAAUACACAAUUGACU